GUUUAGAGCUAAUCGGCUGAGAGGCUGGGGCUGACGGGAGAUACGAAAUAAACAGACCUCAGGAGACCUCGGAUCUCGAAAAAUCGAGAGAACUGCAUCAGUCUGAGGAGAGUCUCCAUGGAUCCCCGCCCCUGCGGUGAUGGGCGGUAAAAGACCGGAAAAUAGAUCUACGCAACGAAAGAAAAGCGCCCCUGGUGCUGGAGACGGGAUGGGGAACACACUCAAACCGCGUCUCGAGCAUGCAGAGAAAACCGGUCUCUGUUCCCUUUCGGAAUGUCGUCUCAAGGAAUAUCCUCUCGAGCUACAGUGUGCUGCGGACAAAUUGCGCUCGUUGGACUUGUCUAAGAACAAGAUCAAACAUAUACCUGACUGCAUUGGACAACUCACCAAGCUCAAGAUUUUGGUUCUUUCCAACAACAAAAUUGUGAAACUGCCGGAUGCUUUCUGCCAACUGGUGAAGUUAGAAACCCUCAAUUUGUCCGGAAAUCAACUCCAUAAUUUGCCGCUGGGUUUCGGUCAACUCGCUGCGCUGAAAUCUCUGAACAUCAGCGAGAACAAUCUGAAGAAAUUCCCGGAGCAGCUCACGAAACUUCCUGCUCUGGAAGCCCUGGAUCUGAGCUCGAACAAGAUUGCGGAGAUGGCGGACACGCCCGCAAUAGCAAAUCUCAAUUGUUCAGAGCUGGUGCUGAAUGUGAAUCAACUCGCCGUCUUGCCCUCGAAUUUGGCAAAAUGUCCUCGAUUGAAGAUCCUUCGAGUGCAGGAAAACUGUCUGACUCUAGACGGGAUACCGUCAUGUCUACUGUCGGAUUCGACCAUCCACUCCUUCUCUGUAGAGGGCAAUUUGUUUGAGGAGAGAGAGCUCCAUCAAGUUGACGGAUGGGAGAAAUAUCAGGGACGUUUCACUGCAGCGAAGAAGAAAAUGUUCUGAGAAUUCGCGUCUGAAAUCGAUCGCACCACACGAUAUGAGCCGUCACUACACCGUAGCCCUGUCCAACGAUGCCGUGAGCGCACGGGUCGGAGACCCCGUCCCCAUUCGAGUGACGAUAGCCUUCCCCUCUUGUGGCAUCCAGGAGUGAGCCGGUAAGCCGGUGGCAGCAGUCUCUGGACAACGCGUCCGACAUUCUGACACCUUCAGGCAAGACGCUGACCAUGUACAUUUCUCCGCGGAAUAUCCGUGCUUAUUGUCGAUCGUGGUUCUAUAAAUCU